AUUUUUGUAUAUUUAGUAGCUUUUUUUUCUACUAAUUAUACUGAUUUUGAUCAAGAAUUGGGCGUUUAAAUCGCAAAUUUUUAUUUACAGAAGAAAAAUUUGUUGUUACAAUGUCCAAUCUAUGGAAAUCACUAACCAGCGUUUGGAAGUUAGGCACUUCUUUGGUCAACAAAUCAGGAAGUGUCUUCUUUGGUGGGUUACAAAGUACUAAUACACGUAUGGCUUCCACCUCUAGACUCCGAGAAAUAUUCUCUGAAUUGAACGUUCCAAAUGACACUGUGCGCUGGAAAGAACGGAUUUCGCAGCAAUAUAUGAUUACAAAGCAGACUAAAACAUUAACGAAGUUCGAAAGGAAAAUUCAAAUUGCUGAAAAUUCCCGUGUAGUUCAAAAUUUGGCUUCUGAUGACGACUCCCUAAAGUUUAACCAGUGAAGACGCUAAGGUGUAUAAGGUGUAUACUAAAACUAUGUCAGUAAGAAAUCGUAUUCACUCAAGAAAUAAUCAAAAAGCCUUAAUACGAAUAUAAAUAUACUAAAAUUUACAAAAAUGCAGCAGAAGAGAAAGUAGGAGUAGUUGUAGAAGUUGUACUAGGAAUUAAAACGAAAAUAUUUUAAAUUGUGUGAAGAAAUAUCUUAAAACGAAAAAGAAGAUGAAUCCUUAUAACAUAAACUAAAUGCAAUGGAAAUGCACUAGUAGCCAAAAACCUAUUAAAAUCUAUUAUUUGAAUUAUUUUAAAUUAAAAUUUUAAGAAACAAAAAAUUGAACUCAGUAAUGAGUAAAAGUCCCAAUUAUAUAUAAAACUUGUGAACAUCAAAAGAUUUAAAACGCAAAACACGCCCCAAGCUUAAAAUUAGUAACAUUAAAAAAAAGCAACAAUGAAAUAAAUUAUAUAUUAUUA